AUGGUAUUUAACAGAGAAGAGGCUGCGAGGGAGAAAAUGAGGGCUGGUGAUAUUGUACACAAGUUAUUGACGCGUUGCGUGAACUGUGGCCAUGGACAUACAUACUCGAGAGAAGGUAUGAACAGGUUUAUGCGCUGUACCGUUUGCCAGAAAUCUUACGUUGCGUGCAGCAAAGGGGAUGAACCUAGUAGUUCAACCAAAAGGCAGAGAGGAAGCGUUGAGGAACUCGUCAAAAAUGUUUCUGAGGUUGAUGGCUUUGGUGCUGCUGAGAGUGAGAGGACUAAAAGAGACAAGAGGAUGAAGCACAAGGCAGAGGAGGAUUACACUCAGCUCCAGAAAAGGAUGGAUGAAUUGGAAAAGCGUACAGAUGAGUACACGCUUAAGCAACACGAGGGAUUUAUGCAUGCAGAUAUUAAAAAGACAACGCAUGUGGUUAAGCCAGCUGAGUCCAGUGACUUCAUGAGGGUCAUGGCAGAUAACAAAGAAUUUCUCUCCGUUUUGAGAAACCAAACGAUCCGUCAAUCUAUUGAGGCCGCUAGAAGGCAAGCAGCUGAAAUCAUAGCUGGUUCUGAAAAACAGAAACAUCUUCCACAUGAGUUCAAGACAGUUCAAGACGCCUUACUUCGGAGACUUCAAAAUUUAGAGACGAAGGAAACGCAACGGCAACAGAGAAGGCAAGAGCUCGAAACGAUGGUUCUAAGAAUACAUGAAAUUCAAAACUUGCAGACAAAGAUUGCAAAACUUCAUCAUCAGCAACGUCUCAAGGAAACUCUCACUAUAAAAUUAGAGGAGGAGGAAUCUAAGCAGCUACCAAAAACCUCUAGUCUACUUGAUCUCAUAGGUUUAACGAAGCAGGUUGAGGAACAAAAGAUUGAGUUGGAAUCAAUAAAGGAACAGGUAGCAUCUACAAACCGAAAACNUUGUUAA